GAAACUUUCAUUCUUACCACCACCAUGUCUGACCUCAAAGUCGAAGGAUUCAAGACUGGCGACAUCAUGGCUGGCCUCAGUCAGGCUAUCAGUCAGUUCUCAGACACAGAGAGGCAAGCACAGAUCAAGAAGACCAACGGUAUUUUCGAAUUGAACGUCAAGAAUGCCGAGGGAAAGGAGUCUACGUGGACUAUUGACAUGAAGAAGAAGGGUGAAAUCACCAAAGGACCCGCGAAACCCAAAGCAGAUGUUACCAUAAUGCUCAGCGAUGAGACGUUCGUUGGGUUGUCGGAUGGAACUCUCAACGGCCAGAAGGCGUUCAUGACAGGAAAACUCAAGGCAAAGGGAAACAUCAUGCUUGCGACCAAGUUGGACGGGCUAUUGAAGACUGCGAAAGCCAAACUUUAAGCUACGGUCAUUUAUUCAUGUAUUAUUAUUAAGCAUAAUAACCUUCAAACCAUCCAAAACAUUCAACAUUUAGCGUCUCAUUGUGGCGACUCUCCCCUCACAUACACGGGACGUUUACUACAGACGAUCAACACACGCUCGUUGUUGUUUAGAAACCGACGAUCAUUUGUUGAAUUGAUACCCCACACUGUCGCUUGCUUCCCCUCACCUCAUGAUCAUCACACACGCCGUUUUGUUUGUGUUUUGUGCGUUUUUCGACUUACAUACCACCCUACACUAUUGAACUCGUUGUAGAUAAGGAUAAAGUCCAUUACUUCUCGAACUUGUAUUAGUACUCAUUUGAUAGUAUUACCGGUGACCGG